AUGCAUUGGAAUUGGAUGCCGAAUUUGUUACUGGGACUGGCGCUACUGCAACUGCUGCUGUUUAGCGCCUGCGUGGAGGGGAGACGACGCAGAAGGGGGCAUCAGGUGCAGCUGAAGCGGCAGAAAAAUCGCGAGGAGUCGCUCAAGUAUCUGCAAUACGAGACGACGGCGCUGCGUGCCAAGUUCGGGCUAAAGACGGUGAGAGCGCUGCAGAUUAUGUCUGCCAGCAAAGGGAAUGCGGAAGUGCCGCUGGGCAAUGCCUACAAUACGGAAUAUUAUGGCAGCAUUAAGAUCGGCAGCAGCCAAACCUUCAAGAUAUUGUUCGACACGGCCUCAUCCAAUCUAUGGGUGCCCUCGGUACAGUGCCCCGCCGACAGCUGUCUGCAGCUGCAGCGCUACGACUCCAGCCUGUCCAGCAGCUAUGUGGCCAAUGGCAGCGCCUUUGAGAUACAGUACGCCACGCGCAACAAUCAGGCCACCAUUCUGAAGGGUUUCCUCUCCACGGACACCGUUCAGCUGGCAGGCCUGAGCAUCAAGGGGCAAACGUUUGCGGAGAUUACCUCGCUGCCCCCGGACGUCUUCAGUCGCUCCAACUUCGAUGGCAUCUUUGGACUGGGCUUUGAGCAGAUCUCGAUUGGGGAUGUCAAGCCGCCCAUGUACAAUCUGAUCGAACAGGAGCUCAUCUCGCAGCCGACGUUCUCGUUCUAUCUCAAUCGCAACAAUACGGGCAGCAUCGACUCCAAUGGUGGCACGCUGCUGCUGGGACCCAGCGAUCCAACUCUGUACAGCGGCUGCCUGACCUAUGUGCCCUUGUCCAAGGUCGGUUACUGGCAGUUCACCGUCGCCAGCAUUGUCCUCGGCAGCAGCAACAAGCUCUGCAGCAAGUGUCAGGCCAUUGUCGAUGUCGGCACCUCACUAAUUGUUGCUCCUCGCGCCGCACUCCAGAGCAUCAAUGCGCAGCUCGGACUGACCGAGGCGGACAAGCGCGAUGGCGUCUAUACGUUGCCCUGCUCCCGUGUGUCCACGCUGCCGAGCAUCACAUUCAACAUUGGUCGGCGCGAUUUCGUGCUGCCCCCCGCCAGCUAUGUGGUUCAGUAUAAGGAUGUGUGUGUUUCGGGCUUCACCAGCUUGGAUGAUGGCAGCGCCGAGCUAACCGACGACCGUGGCACGGACUACGCUAACAUUUGGGUCUUGGGUGAUGUGUUUAUGGGCCCCUUCUAUAUGGAGUUCGACAUGGAGUACAAACGCGUUGGCAUAGCGCCUAAGAUCUAG